AUGAGUCGUUCUGUUGGGCCCCCUCCUGCUGUUGUUUCUGGUGAACCUGUAGUCGUUGUGGCAGAUGUGGAGAAAGAAAUACUGUCAUCUGAUGAUGUCACAGCAGCUGAAACCGUUAAUACAGAGCUCUCACACGAAAGGCAGCUCUUGAGCAGUAAUUUAAAAUCUUCUGGACUUAGUAACGACCUUGAUGGCGUUGCUGUUGAUGUUCAUGGUUCUUUGAAACAAGAAGAUUUAUUUCUUCGGGGGAGACCAGUUCUUCGGAACUUAGUGGAACCAAUGACAAGAGGUAACCCUCAACGUCAAUUAAGUGCUUCAUAUGAACGAAGUUGUCCUUCUCCAAGUUAUUUUAUGUAUCCUGUAGAUUCUCAUCCCAUGUGCGAGAAAUCGGUAACUAAGAAGGAUGUUGCUAACCUGGGCUGCAAAUGCCCGGAUAUACCACCAGUUAAUCUUGACACAUUGGACAAAGCAGAUGUAACUACCAAAGAAAGUACAGAUGUACAAGAAAGGAAAUACGUUGCUGAAUCUUCUACAAGACAGAAUCUUUCAGCACCCUUACAUCCUGUUCCUCAAACAAGGAAUGGAACAGAAAAAUGUACAGUUUUAUCGACUCAAGAUCUCCAGACCCAGCAGGGCACAAUCUCGUUUAAUAAAGAGACAGUAAACGAAAACUCAUUUCUUUUGCCUUAUCAAGCUCCUCAUGAGCUGAUAGGAACAGGAGAAGAAAGAUCACUCUCUCACCCUCCGUCCUUUGAGUUGGGAAGCAAACAGGAUAUGCAAGCUUCUUUGGUGUCUAUUGCACCUAAUGCAUUUGGUUUUUGCCUCCCAGAACCUUUUUAUUGGCAGAGUCAUUUUGGCAGUACCCUUGGUUCAUCUAAUGGUGCAGUUUAUGGUAGUAACGAUAACACACAAUUAUCUGUUCUCACUGGAAUCAAUGGAUCCACUAAUGUAAAAUUAAAUUUUCCUCAUCCUGGUUUUGAGAGAGAGCUGAGUUCUUUGAGUCAACCGGGUUUGGAAAAUAUACAUAGAGAAGUAAACUCCAUGUGGCAUGUAAGGGGUAAUCAAUUCUGUAAUUCAGCACGUAUGAUUCGAUGCAGAAUGAAUUCUUCAGAGCUUACUGGUACUGAAGGUCAAAGUAAACCAUUGAUACACAGCAAUCGCAGUAAUGAAGGAUCAAAAGCCCUUUCUUCACAUUGGGGUUGUUUGCCACAGUUUGCGAAUAUUCUUGAUGUUUCGGAACUCAUUGAAGGAGGUAAUCGUAACUUGUCAAAUCCAGCGACGUUUAUUGUCCCUGUACUAGGGUCUUUUGUUUCUGAAGGUGAAGAGGGAAUUGCUGUGGGGAACUCACAGGAUUCCCGUACUUUGGCGUCACUUUCAUUGUUUAGCCCUUGA